UAGCGUGCUGUGUGCAAAAUAUAGCUUGGCUUGGCCGGAGGGACGAGCUCAAGAGAACGCCGUCGGUCAGAAACAUCGUCUGCGGUCAAGGUUUUCCUCAGAGUUUGUCCUUUGGGCACGGCCACUGACAGGAAACCUCAAGAGAAACGUCACCUGAACAGUCUGGACUUGCACUGGCGGUUUUUUACGGUCCCGCGCGAGCUGAACAUAGGCAUUGAAAACAUUGCCGGUGGAAAGUGCAGCAAACCUGGCUAGGAAAUAUCGCCUGGCGCGGUGACCGAUAGGAUAGCGCUCGGUUGCGAAACGCAAGCUCAAAGCAGAAUCUGACAGGGCGGCAAAGUCGAAGUGAGGAUCCCAGCGCGAGAGUUCAAGCGGCGAAAGCGGCGCCAGCGAAGUUUCCUCGGCCUGCCGUGUGUGUAGCUGCAAGUGGCGUCGGAAAGUCCCGUAGAUUGCCCCUUAGGCGAGGCGACAGCUGAGUAGUACUGUCCAGCUUUGUAGCACACCUGUACCUAUCUAGGACUUAAAGCAUAUCCUAACAUUCGUAAGAACACAGGUAGAAACUUUUAGAAGUGUCAGCAUGAGUGAUAAGAAUAAGGAUGAUGACAUCUGCCGUGACUUUCUGCGGAACGUCUGCCGGCGAGGUAAGCGGUGCAAGUACCGUCACCCGGAUGAUGAAGGGGGUGUGGGCGGCCAACAGAAGCAAUCCUACGUCUUCUGUCACGACUACCAAAACAAGGGCUGUGAUCGGAACAACUGCAAGUUCAUCCACUGCACUAAGGAAGAAGAGGACUUCUUCAAGCAGACGGGAGAGCUGCCGUCUAGUCUACAGAAGCAGACCGGCGGUGGCGGGGGAAAUGCCGGGCCCGGGAUGCUCGGGUUGGGAGCCAGUAACGGCGGUGGGUCGCUGGGAGGCGGUGACAUACCGAUUUGCCGCGACUUGAAGAACGAAUGUCACCGUGGCAACAAGUGUAAGUUUCGCCAUGUGGCCCAAGACGAGUACGACUAUCCAUUGAGUUCACGCGACUCCCUGGCACCAGAGCCGCCCUUCCCGUCCUACACCUCCCGGUACGACUCGUACGAACCGCGCUACGACGACUACGAGUACGAUCGCCUCCGUCUGAAGCGGCGUAGAGACGACCUGGACUUCGACUACCGUGAACGGGAGCGCGACUACGAACCUCCUCGACCACGCCCUCAUCUGGACUACCGAUUCCUGGAAGACGAGAACAUCAUGCUUCGCAGAAAGAUCGACGAGUUGAAGAAGCAGGUGUCCGACCUGCAAGCGACUAACGAAGUCCUGCUCGAGCAGAACGCACGCUACCGAACCGAGCGGGCGCUGCAGCGGUCCGGCACCCCGCCUCGCUCCGAAAACCUCCCCGUCACCAACUAUAACCACGGGAUAAUCUCACAAGCCAUCACGCACACCAUCAGCCAUGCUAGCGUAACCAACCCGCAGAUUCCACAAGCACCGAGCGUAACGCAGCUCAACAGCGCUCAGUCGCGAGGGCUCGCCCAGGACCUGCUGUCCGGGCCUAACGCCGCCGCCGCCGCUUCUGCAGCAGCCAUCCCCAUCUCCCACCAAGGUAGCACCUUACCCGUGUCUGUGGCACAGGCCAUCGCUUCAGUUGCGCAGCAAGGUUUGGUGUCUUACCCUAUCAUGACUGGCAACAUGCGCACCGCCAUGGCCCAGAGCAGCUUGUCCCAGAGCUUACCGCAACACUAAACACAACCCCCUUCCCCCUAACACUGGUUCCAUUACCCUUCCCAUUACCAGACGUAGUCAGAUUUUGCUUUCCGUCAUGUUUAGUGGCUAUGAAAGUCGUCUCUGUUCAGCUCAGGGCGAAAAGUUCGUAAAUGUUAGUGUGCUUGGAUGUGGGAAAAUGACUCUAAAAAGGUCAACAACAGGGUAGCGACUAUGUGUUUGAUAUUGUAAGCUUGAUGUGUUAAAUAUGUCCUUUGUGUACUUUCGCAGGUUGCUGCAAAACGUCAUGUUAGACUCUUUUAUAUUUUUCGGGCGAACUUUAGUUGAUUCUUUGUGUAAAUUGUAGACAGGCUCCCUACGUAAUGCAAAUGCGCGUUCUGAUGGCUGGAUGAAACACUGUACAUUGUUAACAUCUUUCUUCAAAGUGUUUGCGUACACGUAUGGGCGACAUAUCCAGAGAUUUUUUUGUGUAUACACGCUUGAUUUUUCCCUUCUGUUUUACACAGUAAAGUGUGAUAUUCUGUAACUUGAUGGAGAAAAGUGACACUAUUCCUAUAGUAACUUACCGUACUGAACAGUAUAAUUGUGCGUCCUGUAUUUGCGCUAGCUCUCGCAAUGCAUGGUGUAGCAUAAUAUUUUUUUGUAUACCCAUUUUCAUUGUGAUGUUACAUAUAGUAAACAACAUUGUAAUCAAUAGUGUUAUAUCUUAUCAAUACUAUAUAUCUUCAUGAUUGUCUUGCGAAUGUACGUGAUACACAAUAGGGACAGAUUCAGGCCAACAAAAUCCAAGAGACCAAUACCAGCGUCCCUGUGCCUGAACAGAAUGUGAGUCGAGUAUCUAUUUUACUCUGAAAGUUUAACGUUAUGUUUUCACUGUCUUCAACAGCACCAUGUCAUACCUUUGGCACGAAGUGUAUAUGUAUAACUACAAUUCUUGUUGUUAAAUGUUUUUGUUUUUCAUAUAAAGUAACAUUACUUUUGUGUUACCACAGUCAUACAGUUGAUGUUCUGUCUGGUUGUUAUGUACUCAAAGCUGCAAGCCUAUGUACAACUGUUUCACGAGCCUGUAUAUGUUGAAUGUAAGCCAUUGGGUAACACAUUAUAGCUUCUUGUAGAGCAAUUUUAUUGAGUUAAUAAUUGUUUAUAUACACCUUCCUCGAUCAUUCCUCUCCAAAAUGCGGUCACCACACGGAAAUCGGUCUUAAGGGGAAGGAUGUACAAUCGUUUCCUUUAUACCAUUACCUUUGUGGUGGCCCAUUUAUUCUGUGUAUUUCUAGAAAAGUCCCAUAGUCACAUUGGUGCCCAAGCCACGUCUUACCUAAAAGUUGGAUGUAUUCCAAAACUUCUUUAAGCGGUUGUCGUUCUGUAUACUGUAUGAUGGAAGCAUUUGUGAAUUACCUUCCUUUAUAAUAUACUAAUAAUUGAUCGCAAGUAAAUGGGCAAAAUUGUGGUAACUGAAAUUGUACUUGUAUGAUUUUCUUUUCUGUCUUGGGCUUCUCUGUGGCACGGGACUCAUGCCUACCUCUCUUGCUGCAUAAGAUUGAUAGUGUGUACCAUGACUGGUUAAAAUGGUUAUCAGUAACAUAACCGGCUUAUAAUGCCUGGGAUUUACGAAAUGUGUAGAUGGUGUAACGAUAUACGAUAAAGGUUUUGCAGUUAAAUUUCCGAUUAGCUCCUACUGUAUAUGUAGGACUCGGUGACAGAAAUGUGCACAGUGGACCAAUUGACGAUUUGUAAAGAGUUGGUCAAAUAAAACGUGUGCUGUAAAAAUGA